AUGGAUUCUUCCGAGAAACAGCUAUGUGCUGAAACUGAGCGAAUCAAGAAGACUGCUUUCCUAUCUGUUGCCGUUUCUACAUUCGUCGUAUUUUGUUCAGUCAUAAUGCUUCCUUUGAUCUAUAACUACGUUCAAACAUUACAAACGCAUAUGUUAGAUGAGAUGGACUUCUGUAGAACUAAAUCUAGAGACCUCUGGGUAGAAGUGGUUUCAGUGGAUAGUGUUAUCAGUCGUGGAAAGCGUACGAUAAGAUCAGCGGAUCGUGCCAAACGGGAGUGGAGCUUUGGUCAAUAUUUUGACAGAGCCCAAAGAGCAUCUGGAUCUGGUUCUGGCACUAGCGGUGGAUACGGUACCUACCCACCUGCGCCUACUGUCGCACCCAGUUACGGCGACUACAAGGUCGCUGCCGUCGAAGAAUUCCAACCGGCCUCAUGUUGUACUUGUCAACAAGGUCCAGUUGGUCCAGCUGGUCCACCUGGAGACGAUGGAUUGGAUGGUGUUGACGGAAAGCCUGGAGUUGAUGGACCAACCGGAAGAGAUGGUGUACUUCUCCCACCACUUGGACAAGCUCCAGAACCAUGCGUGAUUUGCCCACCAGGACCAACCGGACCACCCGGAUUCCCAGGACAAAAAGGACCAAACGGGCCGAGAGGUAGUCCAGGUCUUCAAGGACAAGAUGGAAAAAAAGGAGAACAAGGAAUGUCGGGUCCACAAGGUCCAACUGGAAGAUCAGGUAGACCAGGACCCAAGGGACCAAAAGGAGAGGAUGGAAGAGUUAUUAUGGUGGCCGGUCCCGCAGGACCAGCGGGUCCACCAGGUCCAACUGGAAUUCCUGGCAAACGAGGAGCAAGAGGAAUGGAUGGAUUACCGGGACCACAAGGAGCACCAGGUCAACAAGGAGAUGCCGGACUUCCAGGUCCUGAUGGAAAAGAGGGAACGAAAGGAGAAAGAGGGCCACCAGGACCACAAGGACUCAAAGGAUCGUGCGAACAUUGUCCACUUCCAAGACUUCCACCAGGAUAUUAA